UGUUGUAAGAUAUGGAACUACUUGCUGUUUACUUGGAGGUACAUACACACGACAGCUCUGAAAAUCCCUUGAUCACUGUACGAUGGCUGGCAUUUGGGGCAGUUUUGUUGACAAUAUAAAGUCGUUUUUUGCUUGGAUCUGGGUCUAUUUAUGGGUGAUUUGGCUUUUGUUGGUUGGUGUGCUUGUCUACAUUUUGAGGUCACCAUUGAAAGUUAUGGAAAAUGUGAAUGUAGUUGCAAUGUUCCUGAAUACGCUCACUCCAAAAUUUUAUGUGGCACUGACAGGGACUUCAUCUCUCAUCUCUGGUUUGAUUCUGAUCUUUGAAUGGUGGUACUUCCGUAAAUAUGGAACAUCAUUCAUCGAGCAGGUGUCGCUCAACCACCUGUCUCCUUGGUUAGGAGGUGCAGAGAAUGGAGGAGGGACUUCUACUGGGCAGCAGUCACCACCAGAGUGUAAAACGUGGCGGAAUCCACUGAACCUUAUACGAGGAGCAGAGUAUAAUCGAUACAACUGGGUGACAGGGAAAGAUCCAUUGACGUACUAUGACAUGAACCAAUCCGCGCAAGAUCACCAAACUUUAUUCACCUGUGAUUCGGAUCCUACCAGACACCAGGAUGAAGUUAUGAUGAAAGCAUGGCGAGAGAGAAAUCCUCAGAACCGUAUCAAAGCAGCACACGAAGCCUUAGAGAAAUCUGGAGAUUGUGCAACAGCAUUGGUUUUAUUAGCCGAAGAAGAAGCAACAACCAUCGUUGAUGCUGAGAAAAAGUUUCGGCAAGCUCUCAAAAUUGCUGAGGCCAACUUCAAGAGAAGUCAGGCCUUGCAGCACCACAGUCCCCCUCAUGAGAAAAUACACAGAAGAGAUCUGAAUGUACUGGUGUAUAUCAAGCGGCGAAUUGCCAUGUGCAUGAGGAAACUAGGCAGAACAAAGGAAGCGGUGAAAAUGAUGCGUGAUCUGAUCAAAGAGUUUCCAGUAGUGAGCAUGUUUCAGAUCCAUGAGAAUCUCAUCGAGGCUCUUCUGGAGAUGCAGCUCUAUGCAGAUGUCCAGGCUCUACUUGCCAAGUAUGACGAUAUCAGUCUACCCAAGUCUGCCACCAUCUGUUACACAGCGGCACUCCUGAAAGCCAGGACAGUGUGUGACAAAAACUCCAACAUCCAUAGCAGCUCCCAAAUUUCUCUUUCAUCGUUCAGGUUUUCGCCUGAGAUGGCGUCUAAGCGGGGGCUCUCAACCGCUGAAAUGAAUGCAGUGGAGGCCAUUCAUCGAGCUGUUGAGUUCAAUCCUCAUGUACCAAAGUACUUAUUGGAAAUGAAAAGCCUGAUCUUGCCACCAGAGCACAUCUUGAAGCGAGGGGACAGUGAGGCUAUCGCAUAUAGCUUCUUACACAUCGCACACUGGAAGAGGGUGGAAGGGGCACUCCAACUUCUUCACUGUACGUGGGAGGGAACAUUUCGAAUGAUCCCCUACCCGCUGGAGAAGGGACACCUUUUCUACCCCUACCCCAGCUGUACAGAGACAGUGGAUAGGGAGUUAUUGCCUUCAGCUUUUCACGAGGUAUCUGUAUAUCCCAAGAAGGAGCUACCUUUCUUCAUCCUCUUCACAGCAGGGCUGUGUACUUUCACCGCCUCUUUGGCACUCCUCACGCAUCAGUUCCCCGAACCCAUGGGUGCUAUCGCUAAAGCAUUCCUCUCGUCACUGUCGGCACCGUUCAGCUUUAUGAUGGAGAGACUUGAGGGCAUCAUCCCAGCAAGCCUCUUACAGCAGCUAACGCGUCUGUAAAGACCACCAUCAUCAUCAUCAUCAUCAUCUAGCUUGGGAGAGUCUUAAGAUGUCACCAUCUACACACUCGACCAGCUUUGUUUCUCUUACCAACACAAAUCGCUUCAAAUCCACCGCUUUUUACAGGUGGUACGCGAUGGUUGGACCGUAUGAGCUGUGCUAUCAGUGUUUGUGUUUCCUUUUCUGUUCACGUCAUAUGAUGUUGUGUUCAUGUUCAAAUGGUUGGACAUGGCUGUUUCCAGUUCUGCUAUUCUUUUUUUCUUUCUGUUUUUCUGUGUCUGUGAAAUGUAUUGAACCUUGUGGCUGAUUUCUCCUAACGCUGAGAGAGCCAGUAACUUACCUGCUCUAUGAAAGAAGAGAAUGGAAAUUGUAAAAGGAGUAGGCUAAACAUUUUUGCAGAAUUCUUAUCUGCACUGUGCAUUCAGACAUUAAACUUGUGGCUUAUUUAAUGUAUUGCUUGUUGUUUGAAAAUAGCAUAUGAAAAGUGGGCAAAUGGUUGUUAGAAAGUGAACAUAAAAAUUCUUUUCACUCCUUGUAAGAUUCAAGAAAUUGCCCUCGCUUUUUUGUCUGUAACCAAUAAGUAUUAUUCCAAACAUCAUGGCUUUUGUAAACAAAAACUGGAUCAUCACCUUUCAACUUCAUCAGAUUGGGCUUAUAAUUUUUUAUAAAUUUCCAUUGCCAGGAAAUAUGUGACCCUAGCCUGCUCAAAACCAUCAACAAGUCAUUGAAAACAAUUUUUGUUUGUCCUCUAGAAUAUCUUUAUCUAUGUUUUGCAUUGUUUGAAUUAUUGUCCACUUAUAUUGUGUGAUUUGUUAACAGCAAUUAUUAAAUUUAUUCAGUGAAAAUUUCAGAGAAAAUUAGUAGACCUGGCUGAUCUCUUGAGUAUAAAUUAUGUCAAAUAUGUCAUUAAACAGUUGACAUAAAAACCAAUUGAAGGUAUCUAUCAGGUUGCAUUACUUUGAUAGCAACUUUUAGUUUUACUACAUUCACUACUAAUGAAAAAAAAGCUAUAGGUUGAUUGAUUAUACAAUGUAUAUUCUUAAGAUUUACUGCUGAAAUUUAAAUUUUGAUAUGACAAAAAUGAUGAAAUGACCAACAAACUACUUAUUUAUGCAGACAAGCAGAAAAUUAUCUCAACAGAAAAUCACAUAUUUACUUUCCCAUUUGCUCCCUUGUCUUUAUUUUUGUUUAACCUGGUGGUGGUUUUGAGUUGGCAAGUCGCAUAUUGAUCAUCAUAAGUGUAGAUAAAUAAAGUUUAAAAUCGAUAGUUGCAUUUGCGUCAUAACAUUCUUUAGGAAACGCCUUACACAAUCAAUUUUUUAGCUUAAUAGCUGGGAUGAAUUUUUAAUGCCCAAACUUUUCACUCUUUGCUGAUUUCCUGCUAGUUAGCAAUACUCCCAUCAUGGAAGCGUUGCUGAGAAAACAUUAGUACGAGAGAUUAACCCUCCUGCCAAUGUAAUGAUUUAAUUUAUAGACAAGUUUGGAUGUAGCAGAUAUUCAUCAGAUAUGUGCACUCAUGGGCUUCAUAUUACUAAUAAACUUUAAAAGGACUACAAUAGGAUCAAGUUCCCCUCUAACCACAAAAUGGAGACAGAUCAGAUGUUUUUCUAAUCAAAUCAUUGGAAGAGAGUGAGAUAAAAAAAAAAAAAAAAAACAAUCUUCUUAGGCAGGGAUAUUAUUUCAAUGAACAUGAAUGAAAUCUUCAUCACCAUAUUUUUAGAUGAGAGAUUGCCCAUUUAGAUGUUUGUAUGUGAGUCAUAUUCAGUCCCAACCACAUUUAUUACCAUAACUGAAAUGUACAAGAAGCUCUUCGUUGAGAGAGAGAAACUAUUUCUUUAUAUGUUAUUUUAAAUUCAUAACACUGCAGGACAGGGUAUAACAGUACUUAUUAUCAUUUUCCCUUUUCAUCCCACCCAUCUUUUGUCAGUCCCAGAGUCUGUCAUUACUAUUAUUUAUUUACAUUCAAAAUGAUGAGAAAGUGAGAAGUCGGUACAUUGCAACAAAGUGGAUGUUUACGUUCAAUUAUAGCCCUGUAGCUUUUCAUUUCUUCUUUGUUCACAAGAUGGAUGUAAUGAGACACACACUCAAGGACUAGUCAAAAUAUCAGAUAUUCAUGUUGCAAAAAUUUCCAACACUUCUUGCCAUUGUGGACAGUGUUCUUGUUGAAUUCUCUUAUAUGAUACUCAGCUUUUUUACUUUCCGUUUUGAUCACAGUGCACUUGUAACAAUUUGAACAUUUCAGUUGAAAGUCACCAUUUUAAAACAAGGACAGUUGGCUGUCAAUUUGAUGUUGGUGGCAUAAUCACUUUGCCGUUUCAUAUCUGUCUCUUCACCAAGUAAAGAAAUGUAAACGUUUAAAGACGACAGAAAUUUAGAAAUAACAGUUCCAUUUGUUUGCACUUCAGUAUUGACACUUGGUAAUCAUAAUAAUGCACUUCAAAUGCGUAAUGCACCUGCAAUUUAUGUUAUGUGUCAUGUUGACACGUUAUAAGUGACCCUAAAUAUUCAAUUAUCUUGUUGGAUCACCUCAAGUGCACAGCAGUUUUAUAAGUGUAUACUCUGCCUGGGCAGGCAAACGAAAACGGACAAUGGUGUUACAAUCUUAGUUAACCAAAGCUGUCAGGUUUCAUAAUGCUGUCUAACUCUAAAAAAUUGAGACAUUAUGUGAACAAGAUGAUUCAGAUUGAUAUCAUGUAUAGGUGAAUGAUGACUUCCACGAUAUGUUUAGAUAUGUUAAUUAAUGAAUGUGAUGUGGGAAUGUGGCUGUUACUUGCACAUGCAAAGAGUCUACCAGAUGCACACUGCUCCUGUUUUACAGACAGUAAAAUUAUUUGUUAAGUUUAAGAAUUAGCAAGUGUAACAUAAUCUUUGAAGAUGUGUAAGUUGAGCCUUCCACAAUUUCAUACUUCCAGUUGAAAUAGCUUGCCAUGGUUGAGUCAGAAUUAUUGGUAUGUGCUCGGGCAAAAGGGGCAUUGAUGGAUUCUUGGCUAGUGGUUGCAGAAACAGGCAAGAAAUAUGCAUUUUACAGGUUGGACUAUUCUUAUACUGCAUCUGCAUGACGAUAGUUAACAGUGAGAGGUUAUGGACUUCUCUAUUCUAUUUUGUUACUUUUUUCUUUAAAGAAGUAUAAGAGUAGAAUGACCAAAGUUUUUUUGAGCCUUAUGCCAGGCACACAACCAUCAACCAUAGCUCAUGUGAAGAGCCAGAAGGGUGUUAAACUCAUAUAUUGUGCAAAGAGUUAACACAAUUCUGGCCCUCUGUAGACAGGAAAUUUGAAGUUUUGGAUGUAAAAUUAAAAGGCAAGCAGUAAUUGUAUUGCAUAAUUAACAUGCAAUGUAUAUCAUUAAUACCAAAGAUAAUCAUGAAACCAUAACAUCAUACUUCCACAAGUGUAAAUGAAGCAUCAUUAAAGACACAAUGCCAGGACAGAUUCAUUCUUUGUAAGAAAUGUGAUACAAAUGUCAGUAUGUGAAAUAUACUGUGGUAAAUCUACCAUGUGAAUGUGAAGUAAAGAAUAGAGGAGCAAAAAAGAAAAUCCUUUCAUAGAAAUUAUAAAGAUGCAAACAGCAAGAAAACAAGUACUAUUCUGAGUUUAAUAUGUGCUUUUGAUGAUGUAAAUGUAGCAACAAAGAAGGAUGAUUAUCUAGUGAAAAUCAAAUCUCGAUGAAUCUAAUCUUGUUUUUAAAAUGUGUCAUCUUGCCUUCUCACUUGAAUCAAUUCUGAUCUGUCAAUGUCCCCCUUUCCAUUUCUGAAAUGGGGUUUAAUUUAUCUCCAGUGUAUUUAAGAGUAUCUGAAGUCUAUAAUUACUAAACCCAACAGUAAAUCAAUAAUUCUAUAAAAAGGAGCAUUUCACAUGAAUAUGAAAAGUUGUGGUGAUUAUAUACAAUCUCUUAAAUUUCAUUAAUAAUUCUAAGAAGUACAUGUAGUACAAAGCUAUAUAAGUUAUGGUUAUUUGCUAUGUUUGCCAAAGGAGGUACAAAAAAGCUAAGAAAUUACUGAGUGAUCAGUGAUAAAUGUUGCGCCUUUCAUUUCAGAGAGAUAUUUGUUCGAUUGCUUUAGUUCCUUUUCUCACAAUGGUGAAAAUUAAUAUAGAUACACAAUCUCCAGAACACCAAUGGGACAGGUUUCCCCUGUCAGACUUGUGUUAUGUCAGCAAAAACAUCAAUAGAGAAAGUAUUUAUAAAUGUAGCCAUGAAUUUCGAUCUUCUUAGCUAUAAUACCUUAAAUUUGCUUUUCUGUCUACGGGGAGUGGUAUUGUUUUUUGUUUAUCUUGCUACUCUUCAUAUCAGUGCUGAUACCUUUUGGAAAAGGUCAAGAAGGUAUCACAUUUCUGAUCAUUAUACUGCUUCCCUUCAUCCUCUUUGUUUUUUGUUUGAACGCUUCCUUUUUCUUCCGUUGCAUCAUUUUGAAUGUCGUUUAUUUUUGUUGAGAUGUUAUUUAUGAGAUUUCUGACGAGGAGUGAAAAGAAUUUCGGUGUUGUUACAUGUUGAAAUGCUGUCUGAUGCAAAAAAGUAUUAAAAAACAAACAUGAAAAGAA